CUAUCAAUUGUCUCACAGAUAGGUCUGGAACUUUCAAGCUGUGGCUACAAGAAUCUUUCUAGCAGAUGCAGGAAAAGCUUCUUUAAGUUCACAGCUUGUGCAGCACAGAAGGAGACAGUAGAGUUUGGACUCAACGAGAACAAAACAGCCAAUGUUUGGUGCUUGACACGUUAUUUAUAAGUCUUGGUCCUCAGAUUACAGCAUGGGAAGUUCACCUGAAGGGUGUUGACAACAGCACAGAAAAAGAAAGCAGCUGUGGAAAUCUUCCUGUGAAUGGUGCCCCAGACGGUGACGAAAUAGAGGCUUCAAAGGAGAAAAAAAAGUUUCUGGACCCUGUUAUGGACCCUCAGCAAGUUGCCCCAUACAGUCGUAGACGCGGCCAUCCUGUAGAGAGCUAUAGAGUUCCUGAUUCAGACCAGGUUCCUGUCCCAGCAUCUUUUAAGUUUCAGGAGCUGAUGUCACUGAAAGUUCCACCUGAACUGCACAAUGCUGCUGAGACUUUGUGGAAGUACUAUCCUGUCCGAGACAACGACCCCAAUAUCAAGGAGUUCUUCAGAACUUUGGGAAAAGCCUUCAAAGAGUCUGACUCAGCACAAAGCAGCAAGACAUCGUCCAGUCAUGCAGGGACAGUUAAGAUCCACAAAAUCGUGACAGGAAAAACGUUUGGAGCUGACGAAGCUCUGCUGAAACACCUGAACUGUAAGGAGCUGCAGGUGAAGAUGACGGACCGGCAGGGAUGUGACAUCAUCAUUCUCUUCUGUCCAAUCACCUCUCGUGUUGGCUCAGAUGUGGAGUUGGCCAUGACUAAGGUGUCAGGUGAAGAACGAGUUAUUCUGAUCCUGAUGCACCACACCCGAGACGUGGACUACUCAACUGCUGCAAAAAGGUGGUCAGAAACCUUUAGCAACGUCGUCUUCGAUGUCAGUGUUCUCUACCAUGAGACUGUGCCAGGAUUACUGAAGUGUCUGAAAAACAUGGAGGCGAUCAGUGGCAUACGUAAAGAGUUAAUGCAGUACAGUAGCAGUAUGGUGCAGUACAGUAGCAGGACAAAUCAAAGCUUUCUUCGCAAACAGUGGGAAAGAUACCGCCCAUGGUAACACUGAUGGUGUUUGGUAGGGAGUGGCUCCAGCAGAGAUCAAUAACUAACAAAAAAAGAAACAAGUACACACUCUAAAUGAUGACUAUAUUAUUAGUAUAAUGUUUCAUGUAUAUAACAUGUAGUUUAGAGUCACAGACACCUAAAUUAAACUGUGUCAAUAUGAAACCAAACCUGACAUGAAAUCCAAGUCUUACUGGUGAAAAUGGAAUUAUGAAAUAAAAAAUAAAACUAAUCAUUGUACAACUGUUCUUGUUGAAACUCCUGCUGCUUGAUAUCACUGUAUAACUGCUGUAUACAUGUGAAGCUGUGGAAGGACUGAUAGAUGGAGGGAUAUAUGUACUGUACUGCAAAGAUGGGAAUGUCUCUGAAAAUAAUGAAUUACAUUUAUCAAGUAAUAUUUGUAAGCAAGAAGAAAAAUACCAUUGCAGUUGAAAAGUAUAAAACCAUCCUGAACAAUAUCAACAUUUUAAAAAAAGUCUGAAAAUGGUGUAACAUGAGAUGGUUCAUUGUGUUUCUAUUACAGAAACCUAUGUUGUUAUUUUUUUUAGCACAAUUGCUAGUAUCUGUUCCAUUAAUUACUUUAAAACAUUUGUUUUAUUCUGAAGUGAGCUUGUUUUUAAUAAAUCACUGCAGUUACUCCAUAAAUUCACUCCUUUACCUGAAAUACAAUCAGUUUUGUGCAUUGAUCCUCCAAUUCCUGUUCAGUAAUAGUGACUUUCUCUCAUUUUAAACACAUUUCUCAUGCAGUUAGGUGAUUUAAUUGUAAGCUCUCUAUGAUUUAAGUUAAUAAAUGUCAACCAAAUGUC